AUGGCCCCAUCAGAAACAAGAACUCACAUAACAGAAGAUACCACUCUUAAAGUUGAAACUGCAACCUCAAAAGGAUAUAUAGUUGGAGAAAGAGGUAGUCAUAAUAUCGCUAAAGGAGGUCAACACCCAUAUCCAUUACCUAAAUUCACUGACAAAUAUGCUGAAAGGGAAUGGAUUUUACAACACAUGGCUGCUGCAUUCAGAGUAUUUGCCAGAAAAGGAUAUACUGAAGGUACUGCUGGACAUAUAAGUGUAAGAGAUCCAGUUGAUCCACAAACUUUUUGGAUUAAUCCAUUAGGUAAACAUUUUGGAUUAAUGAAGAAAUCAGAUUUUGUUCAUGUAAAUGAACAAGGAGAAAUUUUACCUGAUGGCUCCCAAAUUGCCAUAAAUGCUGCCGGAUUUGCCAUUCAUAGUGCUAUUCAUCAAGCUAGACCUAAUGUUAACGCUGCUUGUCAUACUCAUUCUGUCCAUGGUAAAGCUUGGAGUUCAUUGGGUCGUGAAUUAGAUAUGAUUAAUCAAGAUGUUUGUACUUUUUAUAAGUCCCAUUCAGUGUAUAGUGAUUUUGGAGGUGUGGCAUUAGAGUUAGAAGAAGGUAAACAUAUUGCUAAAGCUUUAGGAAAUGGUAAAGGUGUUAUAUUACAAAAUCAUGGUUUAUUAACAGUAGGAGAAACCGUGGAUGAAGCAGCUUAUUUAUUUACUUUAUUUGAAAGAAGUUGUCAAACUCAAAUUUUAGCUGAAAGUGCUUUAAGACCUGGAGAAAAAUUGAUUAUUUGUGGGGAUGAGGAAGCUGCUUAUACUGAAUUUCUGGCUGCCGAUCCAGAAACUUUAUACACAGAGUUUCAACCUGAAUAUGACAUGGAAAUCUAUUACAAUGAUGAUUUCUUACGUUAG